AGCUCAUAUGCAUUCAUUAACCUAGUAAAGGCAACUGUUGGAGUUGGCGUUUUUGCUAUGCCAGUAGCUUUUCAACAGGCCGGAUUUUGGGUUACUGACGAAGGUCAACCACAGCCGUAUACUAUUGAAGGUGGUAAUAAGAAAGAAAAGGAAAUUGAGAAUGAUGAGAGGCGCUUUACUCUGGACUACGGUGGCAUGGCAGAGCAAGCUUUUGCGAGCAAGCAUUCAUCCAAUUUGCGGAUAUUUGCAAAACCAUUCAACACACUCAGCUUUGGCAGAGGCACAAAAUCGCCCUUUGUUGAGCUUCACGAGCUACUAAUGAUCAUAGAAUGGUUGAAACUUUCCAUUGAAAGCUUGCUGACGGACGUUGCACGGCAUGGUGCUUUCCAUUAUCUUCUGUUACCGGCUGAGAGGGAUAUUGAAUAUCAGCCGAUUUUAUGA